CCUCUCUAGGACGUGAAACUCACUGGCUUUAACCUUUUCAAUCUCCCGAAGGAGGAAACGUCAGAGCGGGGCCCAUCUUGCGACGCCUGAGACACGCGUGCCUUAAGCAGCGUAGGGAUUUUGCUGUUUCGCAGAUUUCCUGUGCAUACCUCUGACUGGAACCACCCCAAAAGCCUAUCCCAGACCCGUGAGGUUAAGCUGUGCUCCUUGAGCAUCUGUGGCUACCUAUUAGGAAGACAGGCUACUGAUCCGGCUUACCCAGAACUCUCUAGUGUUCCCCAGAAUCCCAGUUAAAGAUUCUCCCCAAGCUCUGCAGGGUUGUUGUUUUUUUAAAAAAAAGAAGAAAGGACAAGAAUGAUAGAAGAGCAGCGUGUGGUGACAGAUCAGGUCCCCGAGGGCCAAACUCUGAUUGAGCCACAAAUGACGAGCACUGUUAAAACAGAGGAGCGGGAACCAGAUAUCCCAGUCCUUAGAGCCGAGACGGGGGCCAAAGAGUCUGAAAAGGCGCCUCAUGUCAUUCAGGCUGGGAGCAUUCAAGAAUUUCUUCAGAGAGCCUCGGGAAAGCCAUUAAAUCAGAUCCCGGGGGAAGGGUUGCUUCAGCAAUGGGAAACCCAGUGGCAGGAGUUCCUGAAGACGCUGGAGUCUCCUUGCUCAGGGUGGGGGGUCCCGUCAUCCCCACCCGAGCCCUCCCCGUGGGAGGACACCAAAGCCUUCCUGACCUCCUUCGAGCAAGUCGCCAAAGCCUGCCGGUGGCCCCGGGAGGAAUGGGUGACCCGGCUCCUGCCGGCCCUCGAUGGGGAAGGAGAAGAGGCCUUGGGUAGCCUGGCAGCUGAGGAGAGAAAGGAUUAUGGGAAAGUGAAGGCGGCCAUUUUGCGAGGCGACAGGGAUCGCAGGGAGAAGAAGCGACAGCAAUUCAGGCAUUUCAGCUACCAGCCGGCUGAGGGGGUACGAGGAACGUACAACCAGCUUCAGGAGCUAUGCAACCAGUGGCUGAAGGCAGAAAGGCUUUCCAAGGAGCAGAUCUUGGAGCAGCUGGUCCUGGAGCAGUUCCUGGCUGUCCUGCCGCCAGAAGUCCAGCAACGGCUCAUGGAACAAGGCCCAGAGACCAGCGCCCAGGCGGUGGCCUUAGCUGAGGAUGUCCUGCUCCAGAGGCCAGAGGCUGAGCAGCAGAAUGACCUCCAAGUGCCCAGGAGGGCAGGUUUGAAUUCACCGGAAACAGAGGGGACUCAGCUGGUUCCAGAGCAGGGACCAAGCAUGGUGGAUCCUUGUGAAGAGACCAGCCAGGGAACCGGCAAUGCUGACAAUGCCAGUUUCCUGUCGGCAGAUCCAAUACAGAAUGAUUCAUUGACCGAGAAUGAAAAGAGUCAUCUUCCAGGGGAGUCCCCUUUGCCAAUGGAUCCAGAGGCAUCACCGAUAACAGAGCAAGAGGUGUCCCAGCGCUGUCAACAGGGAGGAGAAUCUGGGACUUCAGAGGGGCUGGCAAAAGAGGCCAAGGUGAAUCCCAACAUGAAACUGGUUGUGAGGCUGAAUGAAAUUCGUCUGGGAAUCUCAGGGAACAAGGAAGACGCCUCAUCCUCUCAAAUCCUAAAGAGCUUAACACAGAAAAUCCCCUGUGUUAAGCUCCUGAGCAUCCAGGUUGGGGAGAGACCCUAUAUGUGCUCCAAGUACUGGGAACAAGGAGAAACACCUGGGUGUUCAAACAGGUCAGCAAAAGAUGCAAAGAAAAGUUCGAACAAGAAAGUUGCCAAGAAACUGAAUGAAAACCAAGCAGAGAACAAAGGAGAAAGUGCAUCUCCUCCGAGCACAAAGAGCUUCAAGCUGAAGCCCCCAAGUAUCUGGAACGGGCGGAGACCCUACAAAUGCUCUGAGUGUGGGAAGCACUUUUCUUGCCGCGCUUACCUUUCUAAGCACCAACGGAUUCAUUCGGGCGAGAAGCCUCAUCAGUGUUCCUACUGUGGGAGGCGCUUCCGGGAGCGCUCACACCUCAUAAAGCACGAGCGAUUGCAUACGGGAGAGAAGCCCUACAAGUGCGAGGACUGUGGCAAGACUUUCCGCCAGUCUGCAAACUUGGGGAAACAUCUAAAGAUGCAUGUCGGGGUCCCCAUCUACAAGUGUCCAGAUUGUGGGAAGAGCUUCAGACAACGGGUCAAGUUCUACCAGCACCGUAAAGUCCACACAAGUGGGGAAAGAUAUCCCUGUUCACAAUGCGAGGAGACCUUUGAUCAGCUCUCUCUCCUUCAAAAACACCAGAGAACACAUGCCCCAGAGCGGGCCCACAAGUGUCCCGUGUGCAAUAAAAGCUUCAGUUAUCAAUCGAGUUUUCUGAAGCACCAGAUGACCCACACGGGAGAAAAACCCUAUAAAUGUUCUGCCUGCGGCAAGAGAUUCAACCAGUCCUCAAAUCUUCACAAGCACUACAAAAUCCACACCGGGGAGAAACCCUAUAAAUGUUCCACCUGCGGGAAGUCGUUCAUACAGAGCUCUCAUCUGAGUCUGCAUUUGAACACCCACAAAGGAUUUAAGACGUUUAAAUGCUUAGAUUGCGGAGACAGCUUCACUGACCGAUCGCACCUUAUGAAACACAAAUUGACUCAUGCUGGAGAGAAAGAAGGAAUGUCAGCUUGAAACGUCACAUAAUUUUAUAAGGGACAGAUGCUUCUUCUUUUUUUUUAAGGCAUAGAUCUCGAUUCUGCUGUUACCUUAUGAGGAAACUGCACAAUCCGCUCUUAUAACAUGGCACUUCUCAUUCUGACCUACCUUGCAGGCAGGUUGUGCAGUUUAAAAGAACACAAUACUUCAGAGAAUGCCUCUAGGGAUCUUGGCACAAAGAUCUGGACUGUGCUGUUUUUUAGAGAUGUAGAAUCAUGUCAUAGGAAAAGGGAUAAGUUGGGGAAACAAGGACUUAGAUGUCAUAUGACAGGAUGAGGAAAGACUGCCGAAUAUAUUUUACAUGGAUUUUAACUAGAUAUAACUUAAUGAAUUAGAGAUGAGAUUGUAAUUUUUCCAUAGGAAGUACCUUGUAGCACUUUUAAGAAUAACAAGUUUAUUAUGGCUUUGGCUCAGACAAUGAGGAUUACCUGAACAUUUAGAUGGAUGUAAAUGAAGUACAGCAGUUUGCACAAGGCAGUGUGGAUGAUCACAUAAGCAACCUUGGUCAGCAGAAUCAACACCUUUAUUCAGGUAGAAACUGUUUAUCUCAAUUCCGGCUGGAAAUGGAAUGGGCUGGAAAACCCUUAAUUGAUUCAUUCAACUGCCAAUUCAACCAUAUAUUUUUUGCUAAGAUGAAAUUCAUAGGUUUUGUCCUGGAGUUGCCCCUUCAUAUCUUAAAUAUACAGUGGUGCCUCGCUUAGCGAGUGCACCGUAUAGCGAUGUUUCCG